GAAGCCCGGGGCGCGGGAAAAGCGAGGCGACGGGCCGGCCGAGGCGGGUGUGGCCGAGGCGCCGAGGCCGAGGAGGAAGAGCCGCCUCUCUGAGGAGGAGCCGCCGGCGGGGAGGGACCCCGAUGAGGACAUAAAGCGUAAGACUACAAAAGGAACUAUGGAAGAUAAGAAGAGCGAGGAACUCACUUGUGCCGAGAAGGAUAUAGACUUACUGCUGGAGUGCAUUAAGCAGCCGCUAAACUCACUCAACACUGAUGCCUUAAAGAGUGCUUUGCUCUCAGUUGUUUCAAUUUGUGAAAAAUACAGCAGUGCAGGUGUUUAUUUUCACCAUGUCGGUGGCUUGGAGUUGGUAUAUAAUCUUGCCAGGUCAGAUGUGCCCAGCAUAUUAAAAGAGAUCGCCUUGUAUGCAUUAGGAACUCUAGCCAAUUCUAAUGUCCUCUGUCAGCAAAGUCUCUGUACUCCUGAAUUGUUUGAUGACAUAGCGACAAUCAUCGGUGAUGAGAAGUCCAGCAUGGAUUUGCAAACAAUCUCUGUUUCCCUUCUAUUCGGUCUGAUUUCAAAGAACAGGGCUGGACAAACACUUCUGAGAGAAAGAGGCUGUAUUCCCGUUCUGCUGAAGUUAUUUAGAGAAACUCUCUCAAAAUCUGAAAUUGAUUCCUUGAAUGAAAGCUUUAAGGAGAAAUGUUUCCUGUGGUACGUAGUGUGCAGUACUCUGGCUGCGGCUGUCGACAAUCCUAAAAAUGAGGAAAAUCAGAAAGCUUGCUUUUCCAUUUUGCCACAUGUACAAUCCUUGUUAGCAGCAAGUAUGAAACCUGAGAUAAUUCGUCCUCUUUGCCUAAUUAUUGGACUCACAGUGGAAGGAAACUCACUGGUUCAGGAAUUCUUCAUAUCUAUCGAUGGACUGGAUGUUUUGAGUGACGUUCUUACCAAGUUGGUCGCAGAUUCAUGUGAGAAUAUUUCUAGUGCUAAGAUGGCAGUAGACGUGACAACUGUCAUGGGUACCUGCAUUGACCAUAACCGUCCUGGUGGUAGAAUUCUAGCAAAGCAUCAAGUUGUGCCCAAACUUUUGACUUUGCUGUUUGUGGAGGGUCUAACUACUGAAGAGAAAACCAGUGUUUUGGUUACCCUUGGGCGUUGCAUACAGACAUGUGAUGAAAAUCUGAGUCUCCUGUUCCAAAACAAUGGCCUCAAACUUAUUGAAGACUCCUUUUCUUCAUCUAAUGAUGAAAUUGUAAGCUCCAUUGUUGCUUUUAUCCAGUUCAAACUUAUGAUUUGGGUUGAGAAGUUAAAAGUUAAAAUUCUUGCAUCUGUUUCGAAAUGGAUUUCUAAAACAAAAAAACGAAGAAAAGCUCCUGGCCACUUGAAGAAAACCAAAGAAACCCUGACUGAAGCAUCAUUUAAAGGAGAAGAUGAGGAACAAGGCCCUAAAACAGAUGGUGUUGCUGGAGAUUCCUUGCUGAAAGGCAAUGACCAAGAAAAAGCCCUUCCAAAGCAAUGUUUUGAGUUAGGUGCUCAGAUUUACCACCCACCUGCAAAUGAUGAGUUAAAGAGUCAGUUAGAGAGUCCUGGAGGGGAUCCUGCAAGUACUCGUUUCAGCGAGCGCGAACCAGUUGGAAGUGAACCUGUGUUUGAACAUCCAGCUCCAGCAGUUGAAAAUGGAGCACAGCAAGCCACCAAAGGAAGCGAAUGUGUGUUUGACCAUGCGGCUGCAGAAGAUGGAAAUAGAGCACAGCAGCCACCAAAGGAAGAACAACCCGAGAAUCCUUAAAGAAGAAGCAGAAGAAAGAGUAACCUGCAUUUUGACUCCAGUAAAGAAACCGGGAAACAAUUGGAAUUCAAGUUCAUAGUCUUACCCAGGAAAGAAGACUACAGUGCAUCUGGUCUAUAAAUACUACAAGUUAGAGAAAUUAAAUGAUAUGUAAUUCCUGAAAGAGGGUUUUUUUUUAAAAAAAAUGUGUGUGUGUGUAGAGAUUUUUAAACAAGAUAACGAUUCUU